AGUCUGCGGUUAGUCUGUGAUCCGUGCACACGCCACACGCCACGCUCACUCACACACACACGCGCGCGCACACGAAGCGGAUAUACUACGCAGUCAUUCAUCACGGAUAGGGCGGCCAGGACAAGAUGGCGGUCAACAGGGCGACUGUCCUCAAAAACCUGAACGAAGCGAUCAAAGUGUCACCUCUCAAGAUAACUGACGAGAAAAAGAAAGCACAGAUUGAUGAGAAGCUGAAAGGGAUCCACAUAGACGGGCCUACAGUGCUGAGGAUUGGGGAGGUGUUCCUGAAGGAGCUGGAGUUGGGCAUCCGGGACAAGCCUUCCUCUCUCCUCAUGGAGAACACCUACAUCCCGGAGUUACCCGACGGCACAGAGGAAGGUCAGUUCCUAGCCCUAGACCUGGGAGGUACCAACUUCAGGGUGCUUCACCUGGUACUUCACAAGGGCCGUAUAGUCAAGGAGCAGUCCAAGCACUAUCACAUUGAUGAUGAACUCAGGCUAGGCUGUGGACUCAAGCUGUUUGACUUCAUUGCUGAAUGCAUCUCCUCGUUUGUUCACGAACACAACCUUGCUGAUCAAACACUGCCCUUAGGUUUCACAUUUUCGUUCCCUAUGCACCAGAGGAGUCUCUCAUCAGGGAUACUGGUCACUUGGACCAAGAGCUUCACAACCUCUGGUGUGGAGGGGGAGGACACAGUGAGACUGCUUAGAGAAGCUAUGCAGAGGAGAGGAGACAACCAUGUAGAGGUGGUGGCUAUACUGAACGACACUACUGGCACACUGCUGCAAGGAGCUUUGCUGGAUCACCGCACCACCAUCGGUCUCAUCAUCGGCACUGGCAGCAACGCGUGUUACUUGGAGAGAGCGGACAGAGUGCAGCAUUGGGAGACUGAGCGCCAUGGCGAGAGAGAGAUCAUAAUUGACACAGAGUGGGGAGCGUUUGGAGACAAUGGAACAAUAGACUUCAUCAAGACUGACUACGACAGACAAGUUGACAACAACUCAUUAAUUAAAAACUCAUUUACGUUUGAAAAAUACAUUUCCGGAAAAUACAUGGGUGAAAUUGUCAGAGUUAUAUUAUUGGACUUUGCUAAAUCUAAUUUAAUUUUCAAUGGAGAACUUAGCAAAAAACUUCAAGAUCCUAACUCAUUCACCACAGCAAAUGUUUCCAGCAUUGAAGAAGACUGCAUAAACAAUGUGACGUUAAAAACUGAAGAAAUCCUUAAAAGUUACGGCCAGAAGUACACACAAGAGGAUAUUGUAGUAUUAAAGUACAUCUGCGAGAUUGUCUCCCUGAGGGCUGCCCUACUUGUCUCUAUAUGUAAGUACCUACAGAAGUACACACAAGAGGAUAUUGUAGUAUUAAAGUACAUCUGUGAGAUUGUCUCCCUGAGGGCUGCCCUACUUGUCUCUAUAUGUAAGUACCUACAGAAGUACACACAAGAGGAUAUUGUAGUAUUAAAGUACAUCUGCGAGAUUGUCUCCCUGAGGGCUGCCCUACUUGUCUCUAUAUGUAAGUACCUACAGAAGUACACACAAGAGGAUAUUGUAGUAUUAAAGUACAUCUGCGAGAUUGUCUCCCUGAGGGCUGCCCUACUCGUCUCUAUAUGUAAGUACCUACAGAAGUACACACAAGAGGAUAUUGUAGUAUUAAAGUACAUCUGCGAGAUUGUCUCCCUGAGGGCUGCCCUACUUGUCUCUAUAUGCUGUGCAGAGCUACUGAAGCACAUGAACAGGCCAGACUCUACUGUGGCGGUGGACGGAAGCCUCUACAAACAUCACCCUCGGAUGAAACAGUGGAUGAACACAUUCAUCCCCAUCCUGGCCCCCCUUCAGAAGUGUCGUCUUCUCCUGGCCCUAGACGGCAGUGGCAAAGGCGCUGGAUUGGCAGCAGCCAUCGCCAUGAAGCUCAAGUCAAGAAGUAACGGGGUUUCAUGAAACAUGAUCUGACACAUCAGGACUGUUAAUACAUUUCAUCCUACAGCAACAAAACCUUCAGGAAUGCUAAGUUAGAAACAAUAUUUUAGGUUCAUUAAUUUAAACUAGUCCGAUAAAAAAUUUGUAGUUAAGGUAUAACUUAAUUUUUAACAGAGUAAAUAUUGUAUAUGUAUUUUAACCCUUUAAGCCCCUAAGACAGAUGCAUUGGACAUUAAGAUUAACAUAAUAAAAGAUGAACUAACAGCUAUUUGUGUCAACAUAACUCACCAGAAAUGUCUGAAAGCUGUGCACAACAGUAGGGCAUUGUCUCCCCGGCCAAAAGGUAGCACUGAAGUUCAUCAGUUCAAAUUCUGUCUUCGGUCAGGUUUAGUAUGAGAAGUUCACAUGUCUGUGCCACAGCUGGGUAUCUGGUAUACACCUAAAUAAAACAAUUGAUAGCUGAAUGUAAGGAGAUGGGAUGGGUAUAUUAUCUGUGGAUUCUUUGUAAUUACUGUCCCGAUCAGACGUUUUACUUUGUACCAAAUACUUGUUUUUUUAGAAUUUGUGUUUUUGUGUUCAUAAGAUGAGGAAAAACAAGAUAAAAUUUGGCUUAUAGAAAACAAUGAAUAAGCCCUGGGUUUCAAAAGGUGAAAUAUCACUUAAAAAUUCAAUCCAAAUCUCAUGUGUGGUUAUUAGAGAAUUUCCCAUAUAGGGAAUAAGCUAUGGCCGUAGGUUAUGGCGGGUGCUCAUGGUAAGACCUGGACCCGGAACCGAUUUACUUAAAAACACCAUCUGUUCAAAUUCAUAUAUAAAAUAAAAAUAUAUGUAUCCUUUAGCACCAAGCAUGAUAACAUGAACAAAAAUCUUCCGAUUUUGAUGGAGAUACAACUGUAUAAACAGACGUUUGUUCGAACGAGUUUUCAGAGAUCAUGGGAAUGGUUUUAUUGGGUAAAAAUUUGGUUUUCUUAUUUUUGACCCUCAAAACUUUAAAUUUCUCAAUUUCUCUCAAAACCAUUUUGUAAAGCUUAAAAAAAAAAUUUAGUACCAUGAAGUGUUUUUGGACAGAUAUUGGUUACGGAGAAAAUUCAAAAAACUUGGCAAUUUUAUGUAUUAUUUUAUACUAAGCUAUUAUUGUUUUACUACAAAUAACAUACCACCCUCCCUGUAGCAGCAAACCUAAGUACUCGUUAAAACUAAUGUCGUUUAAUUAGAUUUAACUUAAAAUCAAAUCAGGCAAAUGAACAUUUGCUUAGUGUGGAGGUUUGUUGCAGUGGGUGUGCGUCCCCAUCUCAAUGAUUGAUAAUUGACAAUUGAUUUUUGAUUUAUUAUAAUAAACAUGAUUAAUUUACAUCUUUGUAAAUAUUUCAAGCAUUCUUUAUUUUUGAAACACAGAUAAUGAUAGUUAUCAAAAUCAUAAACACAGAUCAAUGUUAAAGGAUUACAAAUAGUUUAUAUAAACUUCUAAACAAAAACUCUUGAUUUUUUUAAAUAUACAUUUUUUUUGUGGGAAAGUUAACCGAAGAUGAUAUUAGUAGUCAUUAGAUUAUCUUGUAAAUAUUAUAUCUGUUAAACCAUGUACAGUUUUAUGUUGGGAAGUAUAUAUAUUUAGGUAUAUAUUUGUUAUAUUUGCUAGGCAAAAUGUUGUUGACUUUUGUAAGAAUAUUUCAGAGAAAAUCUUAAGGAUAUGACAUAAUGGUAGUUUAUUUUAAUAAAGGACUAAAUAGUCAGUAAAUGAAAGUUAGAGCUGUAUUUUAGGAUAAUGUGCCAUUAGUAAUCUGUGAUCAUCAGAAACCUUUUUUUUUUGUACGGUAACUAUUAUGAGUUAAAUUAGUCUGAAAACAGCUAGCAACGUUUUCUAUAUUUGUUUUAUUUUUGUAUUAUAGAAAUGUUCAAGUCUUUUAAAAAUGUGAUUUUUAAAGAAUAACUUGAGAGUUUCAUCAACUUUGUUAAUAAGGUAAGAAGACAAACUUUUUACAUGCACUAUAUUAUAGUUUUUGAAUCCGAAUGAAGAACUUGAUAUUGUUAAGGUUUGCUAAUGUCAUUCCAAUUUUUGUUUUAUUAUUUGUUACUUGGUUUCACCUGUUAUUGUAUAUUUUAUUGUGUAUAAUAUUUUGUUUGAUAUUUAAAUUUUUUAAAUAUAAAAGAAUAGUUAUUAUUGUAGAUGAUUGAUUGAAAUAAAUAUAUGUGACAUGAA